UCUGUAGAGAGGCAGAACAGUGCAAAAUAGAGCAGAGAGCGGGAGAGCGAGACAGUCCUACCAAAACAGAGCAGAGAGGGGGAGAAGAGGAGCAAAGUGAAAUUCAGCAGAGCGAGAGGAAGAGAGUCUGUGUGUGCUGUGCUACACUGUGCAUCAUCACUUGGGAGUGUUGGACCUAGUCUCACAGAGGACGUGUGGAAAUUCCAUCUUUCUUUCCCUGCGUGUUCUCCAGCGAACAUGUGAGCUGCCACAGACACCAAUACCCUGACAGCUCUCUGGACUCACUGAGACAUUUUAAUGAAUGAGCUUACAGAAAGAAGAAGAGAUCCUUAACUUUCCAAGAAAUACAAGCAUGAAGACCAACCAUGUCUAAAUGACAGAUGGCACAUCAAUGGGAAGGAGAAGAGGCAACUCUUAACCAGAAGAACAGAUCUACUCAGGAGAACAAAAGCAACCUUAAUCUAAGAUAGCCCAUUGACUGAAGAGGGCCCUCCAGACCAAAGCACAUCCUCCUAGGAAAGGUUCAGCUCUUUCCAGAAUACCAACACAAAGCCAUCCAGAGCUAGAAGAGUAGCCUUGCACAAGAGACUUUCAGUAAGCACCUGACUGGUUGGGAAAGACCCUUCUCCGGACAUAUCUUUAAUUUCAUUUUGGCACAGAUCUUGUCAUUUGACACCGAUCUUUAGCUUUAUUCAAUUUACAAACAUGCAUCAGGCGGAGUAACAGGAGUAGCUAUUUCGUCACACAUCUGAGUAGUGGUGGUGGUGCCCUACAGUGUGACUCGUCCCAGUCCCGGAUGGUCAUGGUCCAUAUUGGGUGUUGAAACCAUCGCUUGAACCCGCUGGUGUCCAUGAAGAGGUUUGGCAGCCUGAGGAGGAGUAAGAAGCGGAAGCAACAGGACCUGCUAGUGGCAGGAAGAUGCCAGCCAGAGCCACCAUGUAUGCCUGUCUCCGGCCUCUCGUCUUCCCCCACCCCACCCAGCACCCCCACCCAGGCCCCCAGCCUGCAUAUGCUGUUCCCCCAGGAGGUCCACCAGAGUGCCCCAGAGCGCCUGGACCACUCCCUCUCAUCACCCCCACCAGACACCGGACAGGGCCUCAGCCUACCGUCCUCUGCCAAGCCCCCCAUGCCCUCCUCCUCUCCGAUACUCUACACUUUCCCACUGCCCCAAGCUACCUCACAGCCAAAUUUCUACGGUUUAUUCGAAGGCAUGCUGGAGAAACUUGAACUUAACGAUGAUGGUGUUGCUGCUGAACCAGAGAGUGAUAUUUACAUGCGCUUUAUGAAGUCCCACUGCUGCUACGACAUCGUUCCCACCAGCUCCAAGCUGGUCGUGUUCGACACUGGCCUACAGGUAAAGAAGGCGUUCUUUGCCUUAGUGGCCAACGGGGUGCGUGCUGCCCCACUAUGGGAUUCAGAGAGGCAGUGUUUUGUGGGAAUGUUGACAAUCACAGACUUCAUCAUCAUACUACACAGAUACUACAAGUCACCGUUGGUGCAAAUAUAUGAGUUGGAAGAUCAUAAGCUUGAGACAUGGAGAGAAGUAUAUUUGCAAGAGACAUUCAAGCCUUUAGUGAACAUAUCACCUGAAUCAAGCAUAUUUGAUGCAGUGUAUUCCCUCAUCAAAAACAAGAUCCACCGGCUGCCUGUCAUCGACCCUGUGACGGGGAACCCACUUUACAUCCUCACACACAAGAGGAUCCUCAAGUUCCUACAGCUCUUUGUGCGUGAGAUGCCCAAGCCGGCCUUUAUGAAGCAGACUCUAGGAGAGCUGGGCAUCGGCACCUACAAGAACAUAGCCUUCAUCCACCCUGACACACCCAUCAUCAAGGCCCUGCAGAUCUUCGUAGAGAGGAGGGUGUCUGCCCUGCCUGUGGUGGACGUAUCUGGGAAAGUGGUGGAUAUUUACUCCAAAUUUGAUGUCAUAAACCUGGCAGCAGAGAAGACGUAUAAUAACCUAGACAUCACAGUGACCCAGGCUCUGAGGCAUCGCUGCCAGUACUUUGAGGGGGUCAUGCAAUGCCACAAGCUGGAUACACUGGAGACUAUUGUGGACAAGAUUGUCAAAGCAGAGGUCCAUCGGUUGGUAGUGGUGGAUGAGCGCUCGGCCAUCGAGGGCAUCAUCUCCCUGUCUGACAUCCUGCAGGCCUUGGUGCUCAGCCCAGCAGAUGCCUGCAGAGAGGAGGGCCUCCUGGAGUGAGAGGGGGGUCUACUGCAGCUGGAAUCACAGAGGCUGUUCUAAAAUAUAGAACUUGUAUUCUACAGGUAGCUGCUAAAAUAAAGGAAACACUUAGGGAUACAAAGUAUAUUGAAAGCAGGUGCUUCUACCCAAGUGUGGUUCCUGAGUUAAUUAAACAAUUGACAUCCCAUCAUGCUUAGGGUCAUGUAUAAAAAUGCACAGUUGGCCAUUAUUUUGGUACCAUAGCUAAAAGAAGAGAGCUCAGUGACUUUGAAAGAGGGGUCUCAAAGAGGCAUGGGGAGUUGAUAGUGUGUGUGUGUCUGUCAC